AUGUGGACGCCCCUUAUCGUUCCCGCGACGGCCUUCCUCCCAGACCGUCGCGACUCCCUCUCGUCUUCCGACACAAAGGGACGAACACGCAAACAACGUUCACCUAAAGGGUGCAACAGUAGGCGCCAUACCGUCUCGGAACGAGACACAACACAUCCCCCUGAGGCUUCAGAGGCCGUCCGGCUCGACGAGGCCUUGAAGGACCUGCACGACGACACGAAUGACGACAACAUGACGCCGGCUGUGGCUAUGGCUGUGCUGGCCCCUACACUACUGGCUCGCCCAGUGGAACCUGAACCAACUGGACUACUCCGUUGCUACUACCGCCAAGGCGUCCUGCGCUCCUACGAACGAAGUGGAACGGCGCGGCCCGUGUUCUUUGGCCGGGGUCGGGUCAUCGGAGGCAGUGAUGCCAGCAUCUCUGACUACCCUUACCAGGCGUCGCUGCUGCAAGAUGGCUCCCAUUUCUGCGGCGCUUCCAUCAUUAGCGGGACCUGGACUCUCACUGCCGCCCACUGCGUCUUGGGUACGUCCGCGAGCAGGCUGGGCAUGCGCGUAGGCACGACGACGCGUGACAGCGGCGGCAGUGUUCACAGCGCGUCCUCUGUUGCAUGGCACGAGAGUUACAAUUUCUACACGAAUGACUACGACAUCGCAGUAGUGCAGAUCUCUGACUCCUUCCCCCUGGGAGCUAACGUGCAGGUUGUGAGUCUCGCCGCCGCGAAUUACGACCCACCUGGCGGCCUCGCUGCCACGCUGACCGGCUGGGGCUCGGUGGAGUUCAACGGCGGCGUGGUGGACACCCUCCAGAAGGUGGACCUCAGCGUCAUGGACCGGCAGGCGUGCCAGAGCUACAUGGACUCGACGCCGUUGCCGCCGCUCGAGGUGACGCAGCGCAUGGUGUGCGCCGGCGAGGCGGGGCGGGCUGCGUGCCAGGGCGACUCUGGGGGACCACUUGUCAGCGCCGGGACGCAGAUCGGCGUCGUCUCGUUCGGCAUGUACGCCGCCUGCGAGAGCUCCGGCACAGUAUUCGCCAACGUCGGCAAUCUGCGGACCUGGAUUACUAGCAAGGCCAACGUUUAG